AUUUUUGCUUGCCAAAUUGUACCAUCAACUUUUGCUGGAUUGUCGAAAUUUAUUCUUUUGGUGGUAAAGAUCAAUCAAUUUGUUUUGUGAUUGUCGUGAAAUCCGCAAUUAUCGUUGCGUUGAAUUAUUGUUGCGAGUGGACUACUGACUAUUGCGCGUCUUUGCCGGUGUCGCGUUUUGCCGCGUGAGAAUGUCCUCGACAAGGUUAUCGAGUGCCUGGGAGGACAACAAGUCCCGCUCGGAGACCGUUCUCUUCCCGGACAAGUACUCCAGUGUAUCGCCGAAAAAUCGUUAUUCCACAUUUGCGGGUGGGAUGCCCCGGAACGGGAGUCGGGACGAGGGCAAGUUACAUAAAAGUCUGGAGGAAAUCUCCAAGGACAUCAAAGAACUAGAGGAUUUUAUAUCAGUAACAGAAGAAAUCUUGAAACGGGAACGUGAAUUUGACGAGCAGCUUUACAGGAGAGAACGUCAGAGAAAGGCAUUUGAGAAGAAAAUGCAAAAGAUCAAGAACAAGUGCAGUCCGACUAAAAUUUGCUUCGGGAAGACCGAUGGAUCCAGAGUUAAAUCACCGACCUUCAAAGUGAAUAUUACGCAAAAACGGCGAAUUAAGUCGUUCAGUCCCAAAAGUUAUAAGUCGAAGUUGUAUUUUCGGAACGGAAAAAUUGGCUGUUUGGAAGCGGAAGAAGCGGUGUCCAAUCUGAAAAGCACACAUGAAAUCGUCAAACGCAUCAUUAACGAUGAAAAUAACAUGCUGGUCAAGUUGGAACAUCAGCAUUUCACGGUGGGUCCUAAGGAGGAGUCGCCUACUUCGGUGGGGACUCCACUGGAAAGUUUGCAGAUGUGUGUGACAGAAUCGGCAACUUCCUUAUGCGACGAGCCUUGUAAAGAGGUCAUUGGUGGCGAACCUGGCGAUAAUGUGUCCGAGCCGAAAGCGGAUAUCAGUGAAAGUGAAAAGAGGAUAAUGGAAGAUAUGGAAGUCACGUGUCCAGCACUGGAAACGAAUGAAUUCGUUACAGGAAGACUACGACACCUGGCAAACCGUUUCUCGGAGCGAACGAAACGCAUGAGGAGCAAACUGGAAAUACCACCCACACCUUCCAGCAGUGCAAGCGCUCCAUCGACCGCCCCCUCCACACAGAAGCAUAAUGCAGAAUUACGUGCCAUUCAGCACUCCGCUCUCACCUUGCAAUCAGCAACGGGUGCGCGAACAUGCGAUCAUCAGUAUUUCUGUCCGAUUUUUUGCUCCGGUGCAACGAACGCCGUUCUGGACCCACAGGGCAAGUUCUACAUUUCGUGGCUGUUUAUCGUGUCGUUGUCUUUCCUGUACAAUGCGUGGGUUAUCCCUCUGCGCUCCUCGUUCCCGUUCCAGACGCCGGAGAACACCAAAUACUGGAUCGCUGUCGACAUUUGCGCCGAUGUUAUCUAUCUAAUUGACAUUCUGUUCGUGAAGCACAGAAUCAUGUACCUAUUUGAAGGUUUCUGGGUUAAGGAUACGGACCUGACGCGAAAGAACUACAUGAGGAAGCUUCAGUUCAAGAUGGACCUUUUGGCAUUGAUGCCACUGGAUUUACUCUAUCUGAAGUUUGGCACCGAGCAUGUGGUGUUUCGCGCUCCUCGUCUAUUGAAGAUUCAAAGCUUCUGGGAGUUUUUCAAACUGAUCGAUCGAGUUAUAUCGUCACCGCAUAUGAUACGAGUUGUUAAGACGCUCACAUAUAUGCUGUACAUGAUUCACCUGACUGCUUGUUCAUACUAUGCAUACAGUGCUUAUCAAGGCCUUGGUUCCAAUCGGUGGGUAUUCAACAACAAGGGCCACCCGUACGUUCGGUGCUUCGCCUUCGCUACGAAAACUGCAACCUCCAUCGGGAAGAAUCCCAAGCCGGAAAAGGAAGGCGAACUACUCUUCAUGACGGCAGCUUGGUUGAUGGGCGUAUUCGUGUUCGCACUGCUGAUUGGUCAAAUUAGGGACAUCAUCGCCACCGCAACCCGGUCGAAAUCCGAAUACAAACAGCUGGUGGACGAAACGUUGGAGUACAUGAGACAGCUGAACCUGCCGACCGAUUUGCAGCGUAGAGUGAAAAUGUGGUUUACGUUCACCUGGGAGCAGCAACGCAGUUUGGACGAGACUCACAUAAUGGACGCCUUGCCGUCAAAUUUGAAAACGGACAUCGCGAUUUCCGUACAUAUUCAUACGCUGUCCAAGGUGCAGCUAUUCGCUGAUUGCGAAGAGGCGUUACUUCGGGAGUUGGUGCUAAAGUUGAGAGCGGUAACUUUUCUUCCAGGGGACCAUGUAUGUCGUAAGGGGGAGGUGGGAAAAGAGAUGUACAUCGUGAAGACUGGUCAGGUACAGGUCAUGGGAGGUCCAAGAAACGAUGUAGUAUUAGCAACUUUGUAUGAAGGUUCGGUGUUUGGUGAAAUUAGUUUACUGGCGAUUAACGGAGCGGAAGGAAAUCGAAGAACAGCCGAUGUUCGUUCGAAAGGAUUUUCAAAUUUGUUUGUUUUGUCGAAAUCCGACUUGAAUGAAGCGAUUGUUCACUAUCCAAAUGCACAAGCCAUUUUGAAGAAACGUGCCAAGAGUUUGAUGCGUAAGAAUGCAGCUCGUGAAAAAGCGGAAUCUCAGCAAAGCAUUGAUGCGAAUGACGGAGAUACGGAUGUUGUGAUUAGCAACCCUGAUCACAGUAAGUCUCCCAAACUGUUGAAGACAGUUAUUCAAGCACUACCAAAAGAGUCGGCUGCAGUACUGCUGUUGAGCCAAGGCUUCAAAGGUGAUCACGUGAAGAUGGAUACGGAAGAACCUUCCAAGGCAAAUGACGAUACUGCCUCAAUUCGCAGCGUAGAAUUUCACACCACACAUGUCCAGAUCGAGAACGAAAAAAAUGUUGAGUUACCAUGUGAUUUGUUGUACAGUAUCAAACAAGAAUUGAUGGAUAACAAUAGUUAUAUCAAUCUGACGGACACCGAAAAAUAUAAACUGUUGAAUGAACUGUCCAAGGAUGAAUACGAACACAAAAAAUCUCCGGCCUAAGCUAAAUUCAGUCUACAGUUUGUAACGUUUCUAUUUUAUAUAGACUAUAUACGAUGUUCGACGAUGUCUUCUAAUUGCUUUUCGAUGUAAUCUAUCGUCAUAUUUCAAAUCAAGUUAAUUACAUCUAUGUAACUCGUGCCGAAACGUUCCUGUCUUUAUUCUAUAGAUUAACUGUAUGGCUAUGUGAUGUAAUAUGUGUAUACUAACACGCUACAUUUGCAUAAAAAUGAAUGAUUGUGGUGGCCUCGUAAAACCGGACCUGAUGUCAAUAAUUGUAUACUUAUUGAUUGUAAACAUUUAUUAGACAUUGAAGUAAUAAAUUAUUCUAACUAUAUA